ACGGUGAAUAAACAGGCAGUUGAGAUGUCAGAUAAUGGCCUGAGGCACUGUCCCCCGCUCCAGCACAGCGUUGACGUUUGGGUCACGCACUAUCAGUUCGCAUUCAACCACAGGACGCUGCUGCACCGCUACCGCUGGGACCAUGACAAGUGCUCGCCCGGACGUUCGGCCUGGCCGUUUGAAGGGGUCGACUGCGUUGCUGUAUGGGGGCGCAGACGCUCUUGUUUCCACCUCCGCACGCAAUCAGCCCGAAUCUUCAUGCGCGUUGCCCAGGUGUCGAGAGACGCUGAUCGUUGACAGCCGGAUCCGGAAUAGCUCCGCCAAGCCCUGAUUAUGUCAUUCUCGGAAAUUUCGGCGUGAACGCGACCUCGACCGUGCCAUACCUAAUCUUUUCUCCUCGCUAUAUUCUGGAUAUGCUGAGGCCUCGAUCUAUCCGGCCGCUGUCGCGAGGGCUAAGUCACGUCGCUUCAUCACUCGCACGGUCCGCAACAUGCACAGGUAGAAGAGGGCUGGCGACAGUCGUGGCCGAGGAGAAGGAUCCCGUCGAACUCGACCAGAUUACGACCCUCCCGAAUGGCAUCCGCGUCGCGACCGAGGCCCUCCCAGGCCAUUUCUCCGGCAUCGGCGUGUACGUCGAUGCGGGUUCGAGAUAUGAGAACGAUGCGCUGCGGGGGGUGAGCCAUAUCAUAGAUCGAUUGGCCUUCAAGUCUACAACGUCAACAACUGGAGAUGAGAUGGUGGAGAAAAUCGAAUCGUUAGGCGGGAACAUACAAUGCGCCUCGUCAAGAGAAUCCUUGAUGUAUCAAUCGGCAACCUUCAAUUCCGCAGUUCCCACAACCGUCGGACUGCUCGCGGAAACGAUCCGAGACCCGCUCAUCACGGAAGAGGAAGUGCAACAGCAACUAGAAACAGCCGACUACGAGAUCGGCGAGAUAUGGUCGAAGCCGGAAUUGAUUCUGCCGGAGCUGGUUCACAUGGCCGCAUACAAAGACAACACGCUGGGGAAUCCAUUACUAUGUCCAAAGGAGCGACUGCCGUACAUCAACCGCGCUGUAGUAGAGGCAUAUCGGAAAGAGUUUUACAAACCAGAGAGGAUGGUGGUGGCAUUCGCUGGCGUUGAGCACAACGAGGCUGUCCGAUUAGCAGAGAAAUAUUUUGGCGACAUGGAAAAAGAAACGGGGCCAUCGCUCGUCGGCAUCGGCGAAGACAGCACCAUAUCGAGCACUCACUCGCAACAAAUCUUCACAGCCUCGCAUCCUACGCCUACCGGCGCACCUCCUCAAACCUCGAAGCUCCUCUCUAAGAUACCCUUCUUCAAGAACCUCUCCACAUCCGCUACCUCCAACGCCUCCGUAAAUACGUCCUUCGAUCUUAACUUUCCUCCCAUUGAUACUUCAAUAUCGUCACACUAUACCGGCGGCUUCCUUACCCUCCCUCCGAUCCCUCCGCCCCCGAACCCCGCCCUCCCCCGACUAUCCCACAUCCAUCUCGCAUUCGAAGCUCUUCCCAUCUCAUCCCCGGACAUCUACGCUCUCGCAACCCUACAAACACUGCUCGGCGGCGGUGGCUCCUUUAGUGCGGGCGGCCCCGGAAAGGGCAUGUACUCACGGCUCUACACCAACGUGCUCAACCAGCACGGCUGGGUAGAAUCCUGCAUCGCGUUCAACCACUCGUACACCGAUUCCGGUCUCUUCGGCAUCGCAGCGUCAUGCGCCCCCGCGCAAGUAUCCCAAAUGCUCGAAGUCAUGUGCCGCGAGCUGAACGCUCUCGGCCAGGAAACUGGCUACGCCGUCCUCAAGGAAGGCGAAGUCCAGCGCGCGAAAAAUCAACUCCGCUCCUCGCUGCUCAUGAACCUCGAAUCCCGUAUGGUCGAGCUGGAAGAUCUAGGUCGGCAAGUGCAAGUCCACGGCCGCAAAGUGGGCGUCAAAGAAAUGUGCGCCAAGAUCGAAGCUGUCACCGUCAAGGACCUGCGCAGAGUAGCGCGACAUGUGUUUGGCGGCGAGGUGCAGAAUCCCGGAGGGGGUAGCGGCGCGCCGACCGUGGUGCUGCAGGAGGGUGAGCAGGAGGGGCUGAGGAGGAAGGAUUUCACGUGGGAUGAUAUUCAGACGAGGAUUGCGAGGUGGAAGCUGGGGAGGAGAUGAAGAGGCGUAUAGGCUCGGAGAGGAGAAUGGGAUGGUGGUGAAGUGUAAGAUGAGAUGGUUGGUGUGCAUACUGGGAUUUUUGUACUAUUAUAGGACGGAGUGGUGGUCAUGAUGCUCUGUAGGGCUAGGGGCUUCUAGACCGUUACAUAGCACGUUAGCGUUCCGGAUAGGAUAAUAUCGACUUGUACCGUU